UAAAUGAUUCUCGUAUUUUGUGGUUAUAUAUACUUGCACGCCAUUUCGGGAAGAAAUCUAUUAGCUGUGGUUGACGUUCGUAGUUUUAAUUGUUAUUCUGCCGUGCAUUUUCGGUAGUGAGGUAGCUUGUACAGCAUGGGCGAGGAUUUUAACGGGGAUCGCGACAGGCAGGAUCGCGAUAAGGACAGAGAACGAGACAGGGAUCGCGACAGGAGACACCGGUCACGUAGCAGGGAUCGCAGGAAGCGGUCGCGUUCCCGUUCCAAGGAACGCAGAGACAGGAAGCGGAGUAACUCGCCGAAGAAAGGCCGUAGUUCCAGAAGAAGAAAGCCGUCCUUGUAUUGGGACGUGCCACCGCCAGGUUUCGAACAUAUUACUCCUUUGCAGUAUAAGGCUAUGCAAGCUGCUGGACAGAUACCUGCGAAUAUCGUAGCGGACACCCCACAGGCAGCUGUACCCGUAGUCGGUAGCACUAUAACUCGUCAAGCGAGAAGACUUUAUGUAGGGAACAUUCCAUUCGGCGUUACUGAGGAGGAAAUGAUGGAGUUCUUCAAUCAGCAAAUGCAUCUGUCUGGACUCGCGCAAGCAGCCGGAAACCCCGUAUUGGCGUGUCAAAUUAAUUUAGACAAAAAUUUUGCAUUCUUAGAGUUUCGAUCAAUAGACGAAACUACGCAAGCAAUGGCAUUCGAUGGCAUAAAUUUCAAAGGACAGAGUUUGAAGAUACGGAGGCCCCACGACUACCAGCCGAUGCCAGGGAUGACCGAUAAUCCAAGCAUGAACGUGCCAGAUUCGCCGCAUAAGAUCUUCAUUGGUGGUUUACCAAAUUAUUUGAAUGAGGAGCAGGUGAAAGAGCUACUGAUGAGCUUUGGACAGCUAAGAGCGUUCAAUCUAGUGAAGGACUCGGCGACCGGUCUUUCCAAGGGAUAUGCGUUCUGUGAAUAUGUAGACGUCUCGAUGACUGACCAGGCAAUAGCCGGAUUGAAUGGUAUGCAGCUUGGUGACAAGAAAUUAAUUGUGCAACGCGCUAGCGUGGGCGCCAAGAAUCCCAUGAUAGGCGCACAAGCUCCAGUACAAAUUCAAGUGCCUGGAUUGUCGAUGGUCGGCACCAGCGGACCUGCUACUGAAGUGCUCUGUUUACUCAAUAUGGUCACGCCAGAAGAAUUGAUGGAGGAGGAGGAGUACGAGGAUAUCCUCGAGGACAUUAAAGAGGAAUGCAACAAAUACGGUGUGGUACGGUCUGUAGAAAUUCCGAGACCUAUCGAGGGUGUCGAUGUACCUGGAUGCGGCAAGGUAUUUGUCGAAUUCAAUAGCGUGAUUGACUGCCAAAAGGCACAGCAGACCCUCACAGGACGGAAGUUCAACAAUCGUGUUGUAGUCACGUCGUACUUUGAUCCUGACAAGUAUCACCGUAGAGAAUUCUAAGCUAUACUGACUUCUCUUUUCAUACCAUUUAUCAUAUUUAUAUAUACAUAUAUAUACACAUAUGCGUAUACAUAUAUACGUAUAUAUAUGUAUGUAUAUAUAUAUGCAUAUAUAUAUAUAUAUAUAUUACAUAAUGUAUAUGUGAAUUUAUAAUCUAAACGUGAAUUAUUAACUCACUUGAUAAUUCGUCGAACGCGUAUGUUCGAAUCCGCUUUUGGCAAACGUGAGAUAAACCCUAUAACAAAAAAA